CAGGGGUGGACUGACCAUUUGGAAACUCGGGCACUGCCCAAGGGCCCGGGGUCAGUAGGGGGCCCCAUGAGAUGCCCCUGGUACCUUUUUCAUAGGCUUUUUUGAGUUUGGGCAAGGACACAGGGGCCCCAUGAUCCUCUAUUGCCCGGGGGCCCCAUGAGUUGUCAGUCCGCCCCUGAAUAUGCCUGUGGGCACUGAUGAUCAGUGCCCCCACCAGUGCCGACUACCUGUGCCCAUCAGUGCUGCCCAGCAGUGUCCAU